AUGACUUCUAUCGGUACUGGUUACGAUCUUUCUAAUAGUGUUUUCUCUCCCGAUGGUAGAAAUUUCCAAGUGGAAUAUGCUGUGAAGGCUGUCGAGAAUGGUGCUACUUCCAUUGGUAUUAAAUGCUCAGAUGGUGUUGUCUUUGCUGUCGAGAAACUAAUAACGUCUAAAUUAUUAGUACCCCGCAAGAACGUUAAGAUACAAACCAUUGAUCGUCAUGUUGGUUGUGUAUACUCAGGGAUUAUUCCAGAUGGUAGAUACUUAGUGAACAAAGGUAGAGAAGAAGCUUCGAGUUUCAAGAGUCUGUAUAGUAGACCAAUCCCUGUUCCUUCUUUAGCAGAUCGUAUGGGCCAAUAUGUCGAGGCUCAUACUUUAUAUAAUAGUGUUAGACCAUUUGGUGUAACUGCUAUCUUUGGUGGUAUUGAUUCUGAUGGCCCACAUUUGUAUAUGUUAGAACCAAGUGGUACAUAUUGGGGUUAUAAAGGUGCCGCUACAGGGAAAGGUAGACAAACUGCUAAAGCAGAAUUAGAAAAAAUAUUGGAUAAAGAUACAGAAUUAACUACAUCUGAAGCUAUCAAACAAGCUGCAAAAGUUAUCUAUAUGGCACAUGAAGAUAAUAAAGAUAAAGAAUUUGAAUUAGAAAUAAGUUGGUGUUCCAUUGAAGGAACUAAAGGUUUACAUAAAUUUGUUACGGGAGAACAAUUAGAAGAAGCUAUUGAAUUUGCUAAAUCCGAGACUAGUGUUGCAGACUUUAAUGAUAGUGAUGAUGAUGACGAGGAUGCUGAAAAUAAUGACGCUAAUGUCUCUAGUGAUGAUGAAGCUGUAGACCGUGAUGGUGAUAUCAACAUUGAAUAA